AUGGAAGUAUUGGAAGAACAUGCAAGGAAUUGUUAUGCAGGACACGUAGAACUUAGUAGGGAUAAGUUCGUGGAAAUGAUGCUACUCGAAAGAAUUUUUAUAGUGGAAUUACUGAGAAAAUGUAGGCCUCCAAAUCUGCUAUCGGACAUGACCAACGAACCACACUUUCUAAUCGAAGGAGAUUUAUGGACUUGCCUCUAUAAGCAAGUCAGUUUCAUACGGAAUUAUCGAUUUAUAUGUCAACCUACGACGGUAGAUUUGCAUCAUCUUCUAGGCGUCAUGCGUUCUCGCAUGCGUCCUUCAUUUCUGGAUCGCUUGGGUCAGCCCAUAUUCUUCGUUCCGAAGCUAACAAGAUGUGCCACAAAGAUUCAAGAGGCCGGUAUUAAAUUCACGGUGGCCUUCAGUCGUGACUCAUUGCUGGAUAUAGACUUCAAAAUGGGAAUCGUAACGAUCCCUUGGUUUUGCAUUAAAGAUGACAUCGAGAUAUUGUUCAGAUAUCGAAUACCAUACGAGUUGUACGCUCAUGAAAAUGAAUGGGCGUAUGUGACUAAUUAUAUGGAGUUUAUGAAUAGCCUCAUCAAGUCACCAAUGGAUGUCAAAAUACUUCACCAAUGGAAUUUUAGGUUGCUCGAAAAAGAUGGAUGCCUAAUUAUAGCUUCUGUUAUUCCAAAAUACGUAGUCAAAUUGAGGAGCACUGUGAACGACGCCAGUAUAGACGGAUGGCCAAAUGGAGGCAUAGUUGGGGCAUAUGGAUGGCCAAAUUGA